AUGAAAUCUGUGAAUAUUUUGAAAAUGCUAGAAGCUAACAAAGAAAAUAGAAACUUUUAAUUUGUUUAAAAUAGAUAAACUAGAGUUUAAUCUACUCUCUAUAUUAAAGAUGAGUUAUCUCAAUAAAAUAUAAAACCAAGAGUUAUUAGAGUUUCAAAAUGGAAUAAAUCACAAAAUAUAAGAGAGAAUGGAAAAAGAGAGGAUCAAAGGCAUAUUAGUUAUGAAAUACCCAGAUAAAAAACUGAUUAAUAUUAGCAUAUUUAAAGAACUUUAAAAAAUAGAAGUUUAACAAACAUCUAGAUUUCUAUCAUUAAUUAAGCCCAUAAUAAUAAUAAUAAUAAUAAUAAUAAUAAUAAUAAUAAUAAUAAUAAUAAUAAUAAUAACAAUGCUUCAAUAUCAUUACCUAAUAGUAAUAAAUGUAAAAUUUAUUUUUUUAUUUGUAGAUUUAAUUACAAAAGGAUUAGAUAAAUUUUCAUCAACAGAAAAUUAUGGUAAUCCAUAAUUAGUUAAAACUUACAAAUAAGAUAUUUAUAAUUAUCUUGAAGAACUCAAUCAAAAUUAAUAAUAAUAGUUAUAAAAUGCUAUCUCAUUUAAUGCAUUUUAUUCAUAAAGUUAAAUAACUCUAAAAAUGAGAAAUGUUCUUAUUAAUUGGCUCUUUGAAUUGCAUCAUAAACUAAAAUUACAAUUAGAAACUCUUCUGCUUACUGUAUGGCUUAUAGACAAGUAUAUUAAAAUUUAUUAUAAAGAUUUAUUGAAACCCAUUUAGUCAACUUUGUGGAAUUGCUUGUUUAUUCAUUGCAUCAAAAUGUCAGGAUCAAAAAUAAUGAAUUUAACAGCAAUAUGCAGAUAUAGAUUUAAUAUAGUAAAAAAUCAUUUUUAAAUUCAAGAAAAAUAGUUAAUUCAUUAGAGGAACAAUUGAACUAAAUGUUAAAACAGAUAUUUCUAAACACAUACAAGAUUAUGAAUAUUAAUUCAGAGCCAUAAAUUAUAGUGAAUACUAGUGAAGAUUAGAUUGCUAUUUGCUAUGAAUAAUUCAUUUAAAAUUUCUAUUAAGCUUAUAAUAUUUAUUCAAAUUUAGAGGUUUAAAUGCUUAUGCCUAGUAUUUUCUGGAAUGGCUCAAAAUUUGAAUAAAUAAUAUUGGUUUGUGAUUAAUACUUAUUUUUUUCUUUUAUUUUCAAAAAAUAUAUUAAAAGAUUUUCAUUAACUAUGGUAAAUUUGAUUAUGACUAUUCCUUUAGCCAAAAGCUCCCAAAACAUCAAAGGCUAAGAAAGUUUAAAAGAAAGUAGCAGAUAGAAAGAAGAAUCCACUCUUUGUUAAAGAUGCUAAAAACUUUAGAAUUGGAAAUGAUGUCCAACCAAAGAGAGAUUUAUCAAGAUAUGUCAGAUGGCCUCGUUAUAUUCUUUUACAUAGAUAAAAAAAGAUUUUAUUGCAAAGAAUCAAAGUGCCAGCAGCCAUUCAUUAAUUCAGCAAAACACUCGACAAAAAUCAAAGUAUAUUGUAAAUUUUAAUCUAAGGCUCAAAGGUCUACGCUUUAUUAAAAAAAUAUGCACCUGAAACCAAAACAGAAAAGAAAUAAAGAUUAGUCAAGGCUGCUGAAUCUAAGGCCUAAAAUUAGAAAACAGAGAGCAAGAAAGUGACAGUCCUUAAAUUCGGAUUGAAUCAUGUUACUACAUUGGUUGAAACUAAGAAAGCUAAAUUAGUUUUGAUUGCUUAUGAUGUUGAUCCAAUUGAAUUAGUAGUAUGGCUUCCACAAUUGUGCAGACGUCAAGAAGUCCCAUUUGCCUUUGUUAAAAGUAUUUAAAUGAAUUUAUAAUUUAGACAAGGCUAGAUUAGGAGCUUUGGUUCACUAAAAAACAGCUACUUGUGUUGCUUUGACAGAUGUAAGAAAAGAAGAUUAAGCUGAAUUUGAUAACUUAGUAUAAAAUAAAAUUAAUUAAAGGCUCGUGAUUUAAGAUAACACUACAAUGAAAACCAUGAAUUAUUGAGAACCAUUGGUGGUGGAUAAGUAGGAAUCAAAUCCAAACAUUAAUAAGAGGCAUUAAAGAAAGCUUUUGAAUUAGAAGAACUUAAGAAGACAAGUUAAUGAU